AUGCAGAUGCCAGACAUGCCCGUCAACGUCCCAAUUGACGACCCCAACGCCGACACAGAAUGGAAUGACAUCCUCCGUAAACAUGGUGUCAUCCCCGAAAAGCCCCCAUCGCCCACGCCCAUGAUCCAAGAAGCGCUCGAGCAAGCCCGUGAACUCGCCCACGAAAACCGCCUAGAAGGCAAAGACCUAGACGAACUAGCCGAGCUAGAGGACGAGGAAGACGACGACUUCCUUGAUUCAUAUCGCCAAAAGCGCAUGGCAGAGCUCUCUUCCAUAACCACCGCCUCAGUCUACAACCAAGUCUACCACAUCCAAAAACCAGACUACUCGUCAGAUGUGACCGAAGAAAGCAAGAAGGCACAUGUUCUUGUCUUGUUAACAAGUUCGACAGGUACCAACACGGAGUCAAGAGUCAUGAUUGAACAUUGGAGGGAGCUGGCGAAGAGGUUCGGAGACGUCAAGUUUUGCCAGAUGAGGGCGGACCUUUGCAUUGAAGGAUAUCCGGACAAGAACACGCCGACCGUAUUGAUAUACAAGGAUGGCGAUAUCAAGAGGCAGAUUGUUACGCUGAUGCAGCUGAACGGGCCGAGGACAAGUGUACAAGAUCUUGAAAGACUUCUCGUAGACGUGGGCGCGGUCAGACUAGGAGACUCGCGCCUACAAAAGAAAAGGGACGAUGCAGACACCAACCAGAGCAAGAUAAGACAGGGGACCACCGCGGGCGACGACGACGAUAGCGAUUGGGAUUGA